AAAACUGUAUAACGAAAAAAAUAUGCAAACGUCACUUUGACAGUUGCUGAAUGUUUUUUUCCAUUUCUACCGUGGUGAAGGUGCUUUUUAUACGUGGCCCUAUUGAUUUUGCUAAUUGGAGAUUAAUAUAUAACGAAAUGAACAUGAAUCGUAGGCUGUUGAGCACAUUCUGUGCGCUAGUGCUAUUGCAAUUGCUGCGUGCCAGCGAAGCUUUCAUCGUCACCGUUGACGCACACAAUGAAGAAUGCUUCUUUGAGAAGGUGGAAGGCGGUACUAAAUUUGGCAUCACAUUUGAGGUAAUCGAAGGCGGUUUUCUCGAUAUUGAUAUCAAAAUAACUGGUCCGGACAAUAAUGUUAUACAUGAGAGUGAAAAGGAAUCUUCCGGCAAAUUUACAUUCGCCGCAGUGUCCACAGGCAUUUAUCGUGUUUGCUUCAAUAAUGAACGCAGUAGCAUGACACCAAAACUGGUGAUGUUCUCGAUUGAGGUAAGCGAUGCGCCACACCGUCCAGCUGGUGCGCCAAGCGAGGAAGAGGUAGGUCACACCAAAUUGGAGGAUAUGAUACAACAGCUUUCAGGCACAUUGACUGGUGUUAAGCAUGAACAGGAGUAUAUGCAUGUGCGUGACAAAAUCCAUCGUUCUAUCAACGAGAGCACUAAUUCACGUGUUGUAUUGUGGUCUACUUUCGAAGCGCUAGUGUUGGUACUAAUGACCAUCGGACAAGUUUACUACCUGAAACGUUUCUUCGAAGUGAAACGCGUUGUAUAAAUUGUACGUGUGAGCAGAGCGGCGUGUAGAAAUACGUUGGCACUUUACCUCUAAUUACAAACAUUUUAGUUUGCCAUUUUGUGUAAUAGCACAUUAAUUCCUGCAGAAUUGUGCGAAUUUACGCUGAUUUCCACAGCUGCGUAUAAUCAAAAAUUUUGUAUCAUCCAUCUAUCCACUCAUCCAGCAAACUUUUUUAGGAAUUUACAAAAAUCUCAAUUUGGCUCACAAUCUUAUUUAAAACAAGAACCAUGUAACUUCUGAAUACUUUUUAGAGAAAAUAAAUUUAAGUACAUAAAAAA